CUGCCAAAUGCUGUUAAAUCAACUGAAAGAAAUCACAGGCAUUCAGGACCCCUCCUUUCUUCACGAAGCUCUGAAGGCCAGUAAUGGUGACAUUACGCAGGCAGUCAGCCUUCUUACCGAUGAGAGAGUUAAGGAGCCCAGUCAAGACACUGUUGCUACAGAACCUUCUGAAGUAGAGGGGAGUGCUGCCACCCAGGAGGUCUUAGCAAAAGUGAUAGACCUUACUCAUGAUAACAAAGAUGAUCUUCAGGCUGCCAUUGCUUUGAGUCUCCUGGAGUCCCCCAAAAUUCAAGCUGAUGGAAGAGAUCUUCACAGGAUGCACGAGCCAACCUCUGUAGAAACUAAGCGCUCAAAGAGAAAACGCUGUGAAGUUUGGGGAGAAAAUCCCAACCCCCAUGACUGGAGGAGAAUUGAUGGUUGGCCGGUUGGGCUGAAGAACGUUGGCAAUACCUGCUGGUUUAGCGCCGUUAUUCAGUCACUCUUUCAAUUGCCUGAAUUUCGAAGACUUGUUCUCAGCUAUAAUCUGCCACAAAAUGUCCUUGAAAAUUGUCAAAGUCACACGGAUAAGAGGAAUAUCAUGUUUAUGCAAGAGCUUCAGUAUUUGUUUGCUCUGAUGAUGGGAUCAAAUCGAAAAUUUGUAGACCCUUCGGCAGCCCUGGAUCUGCUAAAGGGAGCAUUCCGAUCAUCCGAGGAACAGCAGCAAGAUGUGAGUGAAUUCACACACAAGCUCCUGGAUUGGCUGGAGGACGCGUUCCAGCUGGCUGUUAAUGUGAACAGCAAUCCCAGGAACAAAUCCGAAAACCCAAUGGUGCAGCUGUUCUAUGGUACUUUCCUGACCGAAGGGGUUCGUGAAGGAAAGCCCUUUUGUAACAAUGAGACCUUUGGCCAGUAUCCUCUUCAGGUAAAUGGUUAUCGCAACUUAGACGAAUGUUUGGAAGGGGCCAUGGUGGAGGGUGACAUUGAGCUGCUUCCCUCAGAUCACUCGGUCAAGUACGGACAAGAGCGUUGGUUUACAAAGCUACCUCCAGUGUUGACCUUUGAACUCUCAAGAUUUGAGUUCAAUCAGUCCCUCGGGCAGCCAGAGAAAAUUCACAAUAAGCUAGAAUUUCCUCAAAUUAUUUAUAUGGACAGGUACAUGCACAGGAGCAAGGAAAUUAUUCGGAAUAAGAGAGAGCACAUUCGAAAGUUAAAGGAGGAAAUAAAAGUUCUGCAGGAAAAACUGGAACGGUACGUGAAGUACGGCUCAGGCCCAGCUCGGUUCCCACUGCCAGACAUGUUGAAAUAUGUGAUUGAGUUUGCUAGUACGAAACCUGCCUCAGAAAGCUGUCCACCUGAGCGUGACACCUGCUUGACGUUACCACUUUCUCCAGGGCACUGCCCAGUUUCUGACCUGACAUCCGAAGAAAGUACAAAUACAGAUAGUUCUUCACAGGAUGGUGAAAGUACCUUUUCUUCCCCUGGAGAUUCUCUACACAAGUCUAAGCCACUUCUGUCUUCCCGGUCUUCCUUGGAAAUGCCUGCACACCCAGCUCCUCGAAAAGUCACCGAUGAGGAGAUAAACUUUGUUAAGACGUGUCUUCAGAGGUGGAGGAGUGAGAUCGAACAAGAUAUACAAGAUUUAAAGAAUUGUAUUGCAAGCACUACCCAGGCUAUUGAGCAGAUGUACUGUGACCCUCUCCUCUGUCAGGUGCCUUAUCGCUUACAUGCUGUUCUCGUUCAUGAAGGACAAGCAAAUGCUGGACACUACUGGGCCUAUAUCUAUAAUCAACCGCGGCAGACCUGGCUCAAGUACAAUGACAUCUCUGUUACUGAGUCUUCCUGGGAAGAACUUGAAAGAGAUUCCUAUGGGGGCCUGAGAAAUGUUAGUGCCUACUGUCUGAUGUAUAUUAAUGAUAAACUACCCCACUUCAAUGCAGAGACAGCCCCUAACGAAUCAGAUCAAAUCUCAGAGGUGGACUCCCUGUCAGUUGAACUUAAACAUUACAUUCAGGAAGAUAACUGGCGGUUCGAGCAGGAAUUAGAGGAAUGGGAAGAAGAGCAGUCUUGUAAAAUUCCUCAAAUGGAAUCUUCUACCAACUCUUCAUCCCAGGAUUUCUCUCCAUCACAGGAUUCCGCAGUAGCCUCUUCCCACGCGGUUCGCUGCCUGUCGUCUGAGCACGCUGUGAUCGUGAAGGAGCAGACCGCCCAGGCCAUUGCAAACACCGCCCAUGCCUAUGAGAAGAGCGGGGUAGAAGCAGCGUUGAGCGAGGCAUUCCAUGAAGAAUAUUCCAGGCUCUACCAGCUCGCCAAGGAGACGCCCACCUCUCACAGUGACCCUCGACUUCAGCAUGUCCUCGUCUACUUUUUCCAAAAUGAAGCGCCCAAGAGGGUGGUAGAACGAACCCUUCUGGAACAGUUUGCCGAUAAAAAUCUUAGCUAUGAUGAAAGAUCCAUCAGCAUUAUGAAGGUGGCUCAGGCGAAACUGAAGGAGAUCGGUCCAGAUGACAUGAACAUGGAAGAGUACAAGAAGUGGCAUGAAGACUAUAGCUUGUUCCGAAAGGUGUCUGUGUAUCUCCUAACAGGCCUGGAACUCUAUCAAAAAGGAAAGUACCAAGAGGCGCUGUCCUACCUGGUGUACGCCUACCAGAGCAACGCAGCCCUGCUGAUGAAGGGGCCCCGCCGGGGGGUCAAGGAGUCGGUGAUCGCUUUAUACAGAAGAAAAUGCCUUCUGGAACUGAAUGCCAAAGCAGCUUCUCUGUUUGAAACAAAUGAUGAUCACUCUGUCACCGAGGGCAUUAAUGUGAUGAAUGAGCUGAUCAUCCCCUGCAUUCACCUUAUCAUUAACAAUGACAUUUCCAAGGAUGACCUGGAUGCCAUUGAGGUCAUGAGGAACCAUUGGUGCUCUUACCUUGGCCAGGAUAUUGCAGAAAAUCUGCAGUUGUGCUUAGGGGAGUUCCUGCCCAGGCUUCUAGAUCCUUCUGCAGAAAUCAUUGUCUUGAAGGAGCCUCCAACUAUUCGACCCAAUUCUCCCUAUGACCUUUGUAGCCGAUUUGCCGCUGUCAUGGAGUCAAUUCAAGGAGUUUCAACUGUGACGGUGAAAUAAGCCUCCAUGCGCUCGGGCCCGUCCUGGUACCUGGCUGUCUGCCUUUUGCACGGAAGUCUGUUGUCGUAGUACUCACCUGGGGAGAGGAUUAGGUGGACAAGUAAGAUUCAGAUUCAGACCCCAGCCAUGCUGCGUGUGUAAAGAAAGGAUGACAAAUAAAUUUGCACUUUUUAGGUA